AUGUUGAGGUUCACUGUUAGGUCACUUGUGCUUUGUGCGUUGGCCCUCCUGGCCAGCAGCAUCGCCAACGCCGGCGCCCCCGACAGCGACCCCGAGCUCAGAGUGUUCGAGCAACUCGCCGACGUCCCUGAUGGUUGGGACCAGGGAGAACCAGCUCCAGCCAGCGCACGUCUCAAGCUGCGCAUAGCCAUUCGCCAGGAUGACAAGUACGCUUUCCUGCAGGAACAGUUGCUGAGAAUCUCGGAUCCCGAGCACGAGCUGUACGGCCAGCACUACGAUGCCCACUCACUCAACGCCCUCAUGCGUCCUGAGCCGGCCGUCUCCAACGCCGUGCUAUCCUGGCUCGAGGCUCAGGGUGUGGAUGCCACGGACAUCGAAGACAACGGAGACUGGAUUACCGUCGUCGCUAGCGUCGCGCAGGCAGAGACACUCCUCGACACGAGGUUCGACUACUUCCACAACCGCGCGGACAAUAGCUGGCGCAUUCGCACCCUCCAGUACUCCAUCCCUGACAGUCUCCAUCCAUACAUCCAAACGAUCCAGCCAACGACACAUUUCGCUCGCUCCCGUCCGGCUCAACAGCCCGGCCCAACCACCGACUCGAUCCCCGUCUACGGCUCAGCAACCAAACUGAACGCAACAUACUGCAACACCACCACUUCGCCAGACUGUAUCCGCGCUCUCUACGGACUGGGCAACUUCCGCGCCAACGCCAGCUCCGGGUCGCGGCUGGGAAUCCCCGCCUUCGCCAGCCAGAACGUCGUGCGCCACGACCUGGCACUGUUCGUUGGCAAAUGGGCGUCGUACGCGCGCGGCGCAAACUUCUCCAUCACCUCAGUAAAUGGCGGUGUCAACAACCAAUCCACGGAUGCGGCCUGGGCCUCCGAGGCCAACAUGGACGUCCAGUAUGGCCUGACGCUGUCGUACCCGACGCCGGUGCACUUCUACAAGGUCGGCGGCCGGGGUCCCUUGAUCUACGACCUCCAACAGCCCGACAUCCCGGGAGCACUAAACGAGCAGGAGCCGUUCCUCGAGUACUUGCAGUACAUGCUCAACCUCACGAACGAGGACCUGCCGCAGGUGAUUAGCAUCUCGUACGCUGAGGACGAGCAGAGCCACCCACUGUCCUACAUGCUCAGCGUGUGCCAGUUGUUCGCCAAGCUCGGCGCCCGUGGCGUCAGCGUGCUUGCGUCCAGCGGCGACGGCGGGCCGGGGGACGGCUGCAUGACCAACGACGGCCGCAACGCGACGCGCUUCAUGCCGCAAUUCCCCGCUAGCUGUCCGUGGGUCACGAGCGUGGGCGGCACGGGCCUGGUGCAGCCCGAGAUCGCAGAGGUCAUGUCCGGAGGCGGCUUCAGCGACGUGUUUGCCCGGCCCGCGUACCAGCGCGAGGUGGUCGAAGCGUACCUCAACGGCACCGUGAAGGACAAGUUCAAGGGCCUGUACAACAGGACCGGGAGGGCGAUUCCGGACGUCGCGGCCCAGGCCUGGAUCACGUUCCCCAUCUUCCAUCUGGGCGUGGAACAACUGAGCGGCGGCACCAGCGCGGCCACGCCCACCUGGGCCGCCAUCGUCGCAAACGUCAACUCCGUCCGCAUGUCCAAGGGCCACAAGCCCCUGGGCUUCUUGAACCCCUGGCUGUACGGCAAGGGAUACAAGGCCCUCACGGACAUCACGCAGGGAUCGUCCAGGGGGUGCGAGAGCACGACUGCCUCGGGCCUCGAUGCGCCCGAGGUCCCCGGCGCUGGGUGGAAGGCCACAGUUGGCUGGGACGCUGCCACGGGGCUGGGCACGCCCAAUUUCACAAAGCUGCUUAACUUGGUUGGGGGGAUGUUAGAGUAA